CAUCAACGCGUCCCCGUAAAGUCGAGCUGAGCUUCCCAAAUCGCUGCCGCCCCAGCCAGCCUCCGCCUCCAAAUCUCGCACGAAAAGGGGAAACGAAGCGGUCACGGCGAUGGCGGCGGCCGGCGGUGGUUCCUCCGACGACGUCCCGAUCCUCCAGGGGGAGAACCUCACCAGCAACGUCAAGUCCAUCUACUACAGUCGAACAUUCUUGUCAAUCAUUGGUGGAGUUGUUGCUGGAAUCUGGGGAUUCACAGGCCUGAUGGGAUUUGUCUUCUACUUUCUGAUAAUGAUGGUUACAUCUAUCGGGCUCUUGGCAAAGUCAAAAUUUUCAGUUCAGACAUACUUUGAUAGUUGGAGCAGGAUUUUGAUUGAAGGAGUUUUUGGUGGCCUUAUGUCCUUUGUGCUGUUUUGGACAUUUGCUUACGACAUUGUUCACAUCUUCUGAUGGACGUAGAAAGGGCUUCACUGCGAAGUACAAAAGCAGAUGUGGAAUUUCUCCUAACAUCGCGUGUCCCAUGGGUCUUGUUAUGUUCCAUUUUUGUAUUAGUAAUUAAUAUGAACUGUUGUGAUAUGCAGCCAUUUUUAUGUCAUUUAUUUCGGUGUAAACCUGUAAAUUUAGCAAAGCUCAUAAACUGAUGUAGCAAUUGCUUCCUUGAAUGGUCUGUAGCAAUUCUGAUUCGUCAUAAUGUAACUGAGGAUGAUGGCUAAAAUUUUCAAAUGUUGAACACUCAGCUUUCUGCCUUCCUGGCGAUCAUAUAAAACGUAUUCUUCUCUUGUUUCCUCA